GCCCGAUCUAAUUUUAUAGGUUUUGGGCAACAACUAUUUUUGGCUUGGCCUUUGAUCAUUUAUUUCCUAAAACAGAAACAAGAGGAGAAGAACAAAGAACAGAACAGUUCAUCUCAUCUCCAUCGACUCGAAGUUGCUCUCCACCUUUUUAUUUCUUCUGGCAAUUCAGUGAAUUGAAGCACACAACUCUGAUUUUCUCCACUAUCUAAGCAGAAUAAUGUUGACCAGAAUGCUGUGUUGUGAGCGUAUAGCCUACCCUUCUGCAAUGCUUCAGCUGGUUCGUAAUGCCUGUACAAAUUUGUUUGUUGGAGGGCUUUCUUAUGAUACGAAUGAAACUGUAUUACGAGAUUCUUUCAUGCAGUAUGGGGAAAUUAUUGAAGUAAGAGUUAUUUGUCACCAUGUCACUGGAAAAUCAAGAGGAUUUGGAUUUGUGAAGUUUACUUCUGAAGAUGGUGCUGCAUCAGCUCUUAAGGAAAUGGAUGGUCAGGUAUUGGACGGGAGGAAUAUCCGUGUUCAUCAGGCCCACAAGCAAUGAUCAUGAUUUUCUUCUAUAUAUGGAGCUGAAUCACUUUUGCAUGUGCAAAUGAGUUUAUAUUGAGCUCUAUCGAUGAAAUCUUCCAUGGAAAUAUCAGAAACUUUGGGAGCAGCCUUGUGAGUCCAUUCGUUGAUCACACCCUUGAAAAAGCAAGAUAAUGCAGAUAAUAUAGCUGUAGCAAGUACUUUUUUGGUCAAUCUCCUUUUCCCAGGAAUAAAAUUGUGAAAGACUGAAAGAUGUAGAACUUCGCAUUUGAUCACUGUGAUAAUGAUUUUCCUAAAGCUGUAAUUUUCUUAAUUUGUUGUUCGUGGAUAAAGGCUGUAGUUAUUAAUACUUGAUACUUUGACAUUCUCUAAUUACAUCUAUUUGUGUAUGUUUAUCAAUGGAGCAGGGAGAUGCACC